GUCCUGCUCGCGCCAUCUUGCCCCCCUCCCCCGCUCAGCCACCCUUUCCCUUUCGACACUCUCAGCCCCCCCACCCCGCCCCUUUCCAAGCGGGUCCCGGGCCGCCGCCGCCGAAACCGCACCACCUCUACCCCCACAUUCUCCACGCGGGACGCGCAGCCGUGUCUGCAAGUGUUCUUAGAGCAGAGAUGAAUAAUACUGCAGCCAGCCCAAUGUCUACUGCCACUUCAAGUAGUGGAAGAAGUAUGGGGAAGUCUAUAAGCUUUGCAGCAGAAUUGCAGAGUAUGAUGUUUUCUCUAGGUGAUUCUAGGAGGCCUCUUCAUGAAACAGCAGUUUUGGUAGAAGAUGUAGUACACACUCAGUUAAUUAACCUGUUACAGCAAGCUGCUGAAGUUUCUCAGCUUCGGGGAGCAAGGGUAAUCUCUGCUGAAGAUCUUCUGUUUUUGAUGCGCAAAGAUAAGAAAAAACUCAGAAGACUGCUAAAAUACAUGUUUUUCCGAGACUACAAAUCAAAGAUUGUCAAAGGCAUCGACGAAGAUGAUCUUCUGGAAGACAAACUGAGUGGCAGCAAUAAUGCAAACAAAAGACAAAAAAUCGCUCAAGACUUUCUCAACUCUAUUGACCAAACAGGAGAACUCUUGGCAAUGUUUGAAGAUGAUGAAAUUGAUGAAGUUAAACAAGAAAGAAUGGAGAGAGCAGAAAGACAGACUCGAAUUAUGGAUUCGGCUCAAUAUGCAGAAUUCUGUGAAAGUCGACAAUUAAGUUUCUCCAAAAAAGCCUCCAAAUUUCGAGACUGGUUGGACUGCAGCAGUAUGGAGAUAAAGCCCAAUGUUGUCGCUAUGGAAAUUUUAGCAUAUUUAGCGUAUGAAACUGUGGCACAGUUAGUGGAUCUGGCCCUUCUCGUGAGGCAGGACAUGGUAACCAAGGCAGGAGACCCCUUCAGCCAUGCCAUUUCUGCCACCUUCAUUCAGUAUCACAACUCUGCUGAGGGGUCUUGCCUGAAGUCCUACCCAGACUCUCCUGAUAACACACCUCCUCCUACACCAACAGCUCCGUCAUCUGGAUCACAGCACUCAGGGAAAACCACGUCAGGAUCCCUAGGGAAUGGGAGUGCUGGACAAGACUCAGCUAAAACCAAACAAAGGAAAAGAAAAAAGAGCACUGCGGCCUGUGGUGUUGAGGCUCACAGCGAUGCCAUCCAGCCCUGCCACAUCAGAGAGGCCGUUCGACGCUACGGCCACAAGAUUGGCCCCCUUUCCCCAUUCACAAGUGCCUACCGCAGGAAUGGGAUGGCUUUUCUGGCCUGCUGAUAUGACCCUGACUGCGACAACAGGAAAGGCAAUGUUAUAUUAAGAAGGUAAAUGGGUCUCAACAAAGUGGACGAACGUUAGCUGAGUAUACUGUGAGAACUCCGUGUUAAAAGCACCCACCUUUAGAAGCUCUCCUCAUGGCUCCCUCACCUGCAUCAAGUCUUUUCUCAAAUACUUGUUCUUCAAUAAGGCCUUCUUGGAACUUUUCCUGGUGGUCCAGUGGGUAAGACUCCAAGCUCCCAAUGCAGGGGGCCCAGGUUCAAUCCCUGGUCGGGGAACUAGAUCCCGGUAUGCUGCAAUUGAAAGAUCCCGCAUGCCGCAACUAAGACCCAGUGCAGCCAAAUAAAUAAGAUGUUUUUUAAAAUAAAUGGUUAUUUUUUUUAAAAAAAGGCCUUCUCUAACCCCUCUUUAAAUAUUGAAGGCCCAGGCUC